AUGAACAGGGGGGCGGAGUUUGGGAUCAGGGAGGCGGGGUCAGCGAGGAGAGGGAAAAGGCAUCAGAAUCAGAGACUGGUCAAUGAGAGGGCAGGACCUUGGGGCGGGUCUCAUGAAUGGGCAAAUGUGCAGGAAGCCCCAGCCAAACAGACAGAGGACACGCCCCCUGCCCAGGCCGGUGGAGGCGUUCCACUGUUUCACAUCAGUUCGUUCGCCACCAGGUUGGGGGAGAGCUACACCUAUGUAGCCCAACAUAUUAACUCCGCCUUCUCCAACGCCACCACCCGGGAAACCUCAUCCGGGAUGGUCACAGACAGGAUGAUAUCUACGAGGCUGAGGAGGAGGAGGAGAGAGGUACGCAGCCAAGUGGGUGGCACGGGCAGAGCUUCAGGCCAGCAGCUCCAGGGUGCGGAAGGUGCCGGAACAAAGCAGGAUCCCACACCUGUUAAAGCAGAAGACCCUAACACUUGGGAUGAAGGCUACCUUCAUUUCGCCCGUCGCAUCAACAGCUACUUUGGAGUCAAAGACACUGACGCAGCCCAAGAACUGUCAGUACAGAAUCCACAGGGAGCACGGUUCCGCUCAGUCACCCCAGCGAUCCCGGCCCGGGGAUCCGUCCGGGUGGGUUCCCCAACAGACUCCACCCUUGGGCGCAAGGCCCCCUCUCCAGCAGCCAAUCAGGAGGCUGAAACCUUCUGGCACAGAUCCCCCGGCCUCUUCCACAUCAGUAACCUGGCAACCAGCUUCGGGGAGAGCUACGUGCAAAUGGCGCACCACGUCAACCGUUACUUCAAGGGCCAGGGAGGCGAUGAGGACGAGGGAGAGGGGGAGGAGGGCGGUCAGCAGGCUGAUUGGAGAGAGGUGGGGUACACCUCAGACCCCCCCCAGGGAAGGACUGGGUCCUUCAUUCGGACGGCCAUCUCAGACCUUCUGGGGAGCUACGCCACUGCCUCACCUUCAGGGAUCACGUGGAGAACACAGGGCCUGUGCCACAGGGCAUGUACCGCAGGCCAGCAGAAAGUGGCGGUUGGCCGGAAGCUGGCAGAAGAGAAGACUCGGGUUCUAGUAAGAACACUUCAGCAGGCCGCCAGCCCCUCCUCUCUCCACGCCUGCAUCGAGAAGCUGAACGAACACCUCUUCCGCUACCCAGCAUGCACGCUGGUGGCCUGGCAGGAGAAGGCUGUAGCCCUGCUUCUGGCCCGGAGACGUUUCCAAGGAGACGUGCCAGAACUUCAAGAUGCCAUAAGGGAGACCUUGGCUUUGAUUGGCUACGUGGAUUCGGUCAAAGGUCGAGGAAUAAGGAUUCUGUCCAUUGAUGGUGGGGGCACAAGAGGAGUGGUGCCGCUGCAGGUGUUGAAGUGCCUGGAGGCAGCGACUGGCAGACAGGUGCACCAGCUGUUUGACUACAUCUGCGGUGUGAGCACAGGAGCAGUGCUGGCCUUCAUGCUGGGUCUGAUGCGUAUCUCCCUGGAGGAGUGUGAGGAGAUGUACCGGCGUUUUGGGGCGGAUGUUUUCCGGCAGAACCCCUUGGUCGGCACUGUGAAGAUGGGCUGGUCCCACUCCUACUACAACACAUCCGCCUGGGAGGAGCUUCUCAGGAAGAAUAUGGGUGAUACGGUUUUGAUUAAGACAGCCAGGGACCAGCUGAGCCCCAAGGUGUCAGCGGUCAGUGCAGUGGUGAACUGGGGGACCACUCCCAAGGCCUUUGUCUUCCGAAACUACAACCACGCCCCAGGGCGUCUCAGCCGCUAUGCUGGGGCUUCUGGGUACCGGCUGUGGCAGGCCAUCCGCGCUUCAUCUGCUGCUCCCGGAUAUUUCCAGGAGUUCCCACUGCACAGCGACAUACACCAGGACGGGGCGCUCAUUCUCAACAACCCCUGCGCCCUGGCCGUCCACGAGUGCCGCCUACUCUGGCCCACCCGCCCCUUCCAGUGCGUGCUGUCACUCGGCACCGGUCGCUACGACAACACCAGGAGGGGCCCGGUCACCUCGACCAGCCUGCGCUCCAAGAUCAGCAACCUGAUCAGCAGCGCCACGGACACUGAGGGAGUUCACACCCUGCUGGAUGACCUUCUGUCAAACAACAUCUAUUUCCGCUUCAACCCAAUGCUGAGUGCAGAGGUCUCCAUGGACGAGAGCCGGCCUGAAACGCUGGAUCUGCUCCAGACAGACACACAGCUCUACCUGGACCGGAACCAGCUCAAGCUGCAGCGGCUGUGCCGGGCACUGGGCCCGGAGAGGGGAGCCAUGCAGCUGGCGGAGGACUGGUUCAGGGAACGGUCCUUGGAGCUCCGGCAGCGCUGGGCCUGAGAGCAGAACCAGAACCAGCACCGGAAUCACAGGAAGGGUGCCUGAGACUACUGUCCAUCCCUCAGCGUUAGGCUUCACAUCCAAAGGACAGUGUGUGCCUCUGCAGCCUGUAGCACAGACCCUGAGGACUGUGCACACACAGAAACACAGCCACACAGAAACACACACACACAGAAACACAGCCACACAGAGACAAGCACACGCAUGGUAUGAACGAACACACACAC